UAAUGUUGCAGUUGCAAGUCGGUUGCAGUAUUUUAAAAGCGAACGCACGCAAACUUUCUAAACGUCAGUUACAACAAGACCUCGAAACUUUCUAGUUUUUCUAGUUUUCUUCUAUGAAGUAUCGCCUGCAGCUAUUAAUUAGAUCCCAUAUCCGGCGCGCGUUCUAAUUAGUUUACAACUUACGAUGAGUAUUUAACAAAGCCACACUCCGUGAAAAUGGUGCCUCAACAGCAAAGAAGAAGGAGGAGAAGGGCCGCUUUGGUUCGGACUUCGGAGCGUCGGGUUGUGGUCGCGAGAGGCCCUGGAGGUUUUGGGUUUACUAUAGCGGGGCAGCGGCCUUGUGUUGUGUCUGCCGUGGCGACUGGAGGGCCGGCGGAGCGCGCUGGUCUGCGCGCAGGGGACGCUUUGGUUGCUGUCGAUGGGGCCAACGUAGCGCGAGCUCCUCACGCCUCUGUGGCUCGGCUGGUGGCAGCAGCGCCGGGGGCGAUCGCUCUGAGCGUUGCUCCUCGGGAGGCUCCGCCGACAGACACGGAGGAUACCGAGCCAGAUGAGCGGGCGCGGACUAGGCGACGGCAUCCACCGCCGAGGCGCCGCCCGCAGCCUGCUAUGCUACACCACCCAGCAUGCCACGCCCCAAGCACAUCCAACGACAUCCUCCACCUGUCGCGCGCGCACCUCACGCCGGUCCAGGCCGCGCGCCUCGAGUGCCGCGCCGUCGUCGGCUACCUCGGCACCAUCGAGACCCCCAGCGCCGCCGCCAGCACUGCCCCUGGCAACGUACGCUCCGCUGUACGCAAGCUGCGCCAAGAACGACGACCUGCCACACCUGUGUUACUAUCUGUCUUACCUAAUGCGUUGAAUCUUAGACGCCCAGGCGGACAAAUACUCGCACAAUAUCAAAGAGAAAGAAUACUCUACGCUGGAUGCGGCUCAGACGCUGACCGAAGAUAUUUUGGACUUGUAACAGCAGCGGAGACUGAGGAACAACUUGAAGCGUCACAUAGCUGCCACGUUUUCGCUGUAGACCCUAGAAUGGCAGAGCAUGAAGCGCAUAUACCUCGAGCGAGAGAGUUCCAACUAACUUGUACUAGAGAUGCAGUUGCCGAGAGGUGUUUAGAAUUCCCACCGUCAGCAGAAUAUGUAGUUGGAGUUGUCAAAGGAAUGUACUCCUUACCGGCCGAUGAUAACAGCCCAAAUCUCGCGCAGAUUUCUAAGCUAGCCAUUAAAGGCGAUAGUCCCGCGUUUGGCAACUUCUCUAGAUGUAAUAGAGCGGUUUUUAGAGUGCCCAGAGAAAGACGGCCGUGUAGACACGAUGAUAGACUAGAGAGGCUCGAAGCUCAAGAAUUCAUCGCUAACUCACCUCAGCCAAGUAAUCAUAGCGAGAUAACGACUACGUCUUCCAACAGUGAUUCUGGUAUUGGCUUUCAUAAUGACUGUAGGAAUAUUGCCGAUCGGAUUUUAGUAGUUGAUUUCGCUGGACCUCAGCCUCCAGUGAACAGGUUUAGACAAGAGAUGCCCAGGCGGCCUCUAGGGCUGGUUGGCUGUAGUUUUGAAGAUGGUUCCUUCCUGUCUAACACAACUCCUGUAGUAGAUGGCUUUGCUGGUCAGGGCAGGCCUUUGAACUCGGAUGAUGUUCUUAACUCUGAUCUCCAAGCGAGACACGUGAGCCCUAGAAGUGAGGAAGAUAAUUACAACUACAAUGCAUAUGGUGUCGCUUCGACUUCGAGCUCUAGGAGUUUCCAGAAUGGAGUGGUGUAUGACCAGGUCUACACAGAACCAGAGACCCACCACUACGAGCUCCCAGACAUCCAACUAGAUCGCGUGGCCGAAGCUUUCAACUCCGUCGAAAUAUACGAGGAAAAAACUGACAAGCGUUCUUUCAACUCUGUCGAAAUAUAUGAAGAGAAGGUCUCCGACAAACAUUACUACUCCGUAGAGAUUUAUGAACACUCUGAUAGGAAUAAUUUUAAUUCCGUUGAGAUAUAUGAGAAGUCAGUAUCGGACAAGGCUAGCAUGGAUAGUAUGGAGGCGAGACCAAUGGAGAGAAGACAGGCGUCGCUGGAUGAUAUACUUGUGUUAGGACGCCCGCCGAAGAAUGAUGAUGAUAAUUUUGUGCAUCCCGCGACUGUGAAAAGCAAGGUCCGCAAAAUAAAACCCCUAAACCUACUCUCAAAAACGAAGCAUAUCCUCAUCGGGCGUGAGCGAGAAAAAAAGCUAGACAGAGAGCGAGCGCGCGCCCUCAGUGCGAGUGCGGGCGACGUUGCCGCUCCGGGCGCCGCGCCGCGCGACCUGCCCGCCGCCGCCAGCGAGCCCGACUUGAGACAGAGCGAGCAGACGUCACCGUUCCGGCGCUGGACGACGGGCAGCGGCGCCGGCAGCUCCUACCGUCACCACCACGACCCGCGCGCCAUGUACAACAAGCAAAUAAGCGAGGGCGCCGCGCCAGCGGUGCCUGGUGCGGGCGGCGUGGCGCGCUGGUCUUUAGGUCUUGAACAAUUACUGGCAGACCCAGCUGGUGCCGCGGCAUUCGCGCACUUCCUGUCCAAGGAGUUCGCUGCUGAGAACAUUAGGCCUGUGGAGCGCUGGUCUUUAGGUCUUGAACAAUUACUGGCAGACCCAGCUGGUGCCGCGGCAUUCGCGCACUUCCUGUCCAAGGAGUUCGCUGCUGAGAACAUUAGAUUCUGGUGGUCGUGCGAGCAAUACGCCGCCACCCCUGAGUCCGGACGGGCGGCCCUCGCGCAAGAGAUCUGGUCGCGUCAUCUCGCCGAAAAGGCGCCCGAGCCCGUCAACGUGGACGCCGCUGCGAGGAGAGCUACGGAACUAAGGAUGCAUCAGACACCAGCACCACAGGACCUGUUUCAACAGGCCCAAAAGCAGAUCUUCAACGUGAUGAAGUUCGACUCGUAUCCUCGGUUUCUACGCUCCGGCGUACAUGCGGAAUGCGCACGCGCUGAUCUUCGUGGGUUGCCAGCGCCGUACGCGCCGAGAGCGACGCAGCCUGACCCCCCAACGCCUACAAAGUGUUUUGACGUUGAACAGCUGAAGAAGUCGGCCUCCAACGCGUCGGAGCGGCGCCGCAGCGGCGGCUCGCUGCUGCCGUGGCGGCUGCGCGCCGGCUCCCGCGACCGCGCGCCCGACCACGCGCCUGUCACUGACCUCGUAAAAUCCAACAUGUCCGGCCAGUGCUCGCUCUGUCGCGUCGUGCUGCCCGACGGCGCGUCGUCGGUCGUGGGGGUGGACGCCGCGCUCACGGUGCGCCGCCUGGUCGAGAGGCUGCUGCAGCGGCUCAACCUGCCGUGCCCCAACUACGACGUCGUCGUGAGGGACGACCAGGGUGAAUGCUCAACCAUCGACCCCUCCCAACCGUCCACGAUCCUCAGCGGGCGCGAAGCCGUCGUGGAGCGGCGCUGCGUGGUGCGCGUGGAGGUCGCGGGGAGGCUGGUGGCGGUGCGCUGCCGGCCGCAGCGCCGCGCCGCGCACGUGCUGAGGCCGGUGCUGAGGAGGUAUCUCCCGGGGGCGGCCCGGUAUCGUCUGUUGAGAGAUGCUGCGCCUCUGCCUUUGGACACCCCUGUUCAGGAGUUGGACGGCGCUCGGCUUCUUAUACUAGAAAUACCGGGGGGCGAAGAAGUUACAGAGGUGGAGUGCGAGCUGAGUGCUGAUGAUGAGUUGGAUUCGCUCAGCGAGAUGGCGCUGCGGCUGCACGAUGAUAACGCCGAUGCCCAGAGCGGCGCGAGCAGCACGAGCCGCAGCGACGCGAGCGGCCGCGUGCGCGCCGCGCUGCGCCCCGGCCCGCCGCUGCACCACCACCCUCCCGAUUUCCUAAACAACCUGCAAGCGGCCCAACGGCAGCGGCUGCAGGGCGGGCCGGGGGCGGACACGGCAGCAGCGCGCGCGCCGCCGCCGCUGCCGCCCAAGCCCGCCGCGCGCCCCGCCGCGCCCACCCUCGUGUGAGCAGCCGCGAGGGCUGGAGCCCGGCGCUCCCGGGAACGACGAAAAUGUUCAGUCCAAAAUUAAAGAUGGCGUACCCUUCAAUCAGAAGGACAUCACGUCAACUCGCAAGGUUUGCGGGUCGCCUCAGUUCAGACAAACUGUUGAAGAUUUAUUGAAGCAAAAAUGUACAGUGACUCUUCAAUUAGAUGACGUGACGUCAAACUGCAAGGAGGUUGCCGGUCACCUCAUUGAAAAGACUUGUUGAUUUACUGUAAUAAAAAUCUUGAAGUGUAAACGACUCUUCAAUUAAUAGAUAUGAGGACAACCGCAAGGUUUGCGGGUGAAGAGACUGUUGAGAAUUAAAUAUCUUGAAGUGUUUAUUCUAGGGAACAAACGCUUAACUGCGAGUGAAUUUGAAAUUAAAAUUGCGCUUAAUUCGAUUUGAACAUAGCAAUCAUUUGAAAAAUAAAACAGGGACAGUAUAUGUUCUUUAAUAGUCAUCGGUUUAUCACCAGUACGUAUAAACUUCAAGUAUAAUAAUAUGAUAACAUUCACUAUUCUGAACCUAAGUGUAUAUUUGACACUUAUGUUUUUAGACACAUACGAAAAACACCGAUUAUUAUUACUAAUGUGGCAUUACUGUAUUCAUUAUAAACACGUGUCACCGACUUGUCCGUAUUUUAAAAUCAAUACAGAGUCGUAAAUGUUUGAUAUUCACGUAUAAAUAAUAUAUUGUACAAUUAAAAUAUUCCUAAUAACGACGAGUGUACAAAUGCAUGCCAUGAGACCAUUUUAGAAUGAUUGCAAUCAUCUAUAUGUAUAGAUUCUCGUUUUUUGACCAAUGUCCAGACUUCAGAAGUGGGAUCAUAUUGUACAAAAAAAGUAUUAUAGUUGUAAAUAGUUACUUAAUAGUUACUAAUAUUUGGUGCCUUCCAUAGACAUAAGACUGCACUAACAUUACUUUUAUCGAAUCGUGGAGCGGACCCUAAUAUUAUAGAGCUAAUUUUAAGAUCUGGUAACAAGUUAUUUGUAUACAUUUUUGUCAAUAUUCAAUAGCGUACAAGCCAAGGUAUGUUAAAAACUUCUUAAACAAUUACCAGGACUAUCUUGUCGAAACAUUAAUGUAGUAAAAAAGGUUGUAUUUGACUUACAUUCAUGACAUACACAAAAUUUUAAACAGCACCCGUAUGUGUAGCUAUAUCAUUUGAUUUGUGGAAUUUUGUGUUAAAAUAGUGAAUAGUAAUUUAUUAUUUAAAAUAUUGUAAAGCAAAUGAUUUAUGCUCGGAGAGUAUAUGAAAUAAAAUAGUGUUAUUAA